CUAGUUGAUCAUAUCACGCAUUCCUGAUAUGCAGCACCACUUGGCCAUGAAGCAUGCAUGUUUGUGACUUGCUGUAAAGCUUGAAAUGGACUAGGCAGCCAAGCGAAAGGUCCUGAGGGCAUGUACCGAUCGUACCGAUAAUGCAGUUGGCAUUUGUGCCGUUUUGACUCCACCAACUCUUCAAGAAUCAUCGCCCGUAUAUAAGUCCCUGAGUCAAGCAGAAUGGUUUGUUCGAAAGAAUCCAAGGCUUCGCAGAAUGGCAGGAAUCAUUACGCCAUCCUCUCGACCAGUUCGAAAACGAACAUCAUGCGAUCAAUGUUACAAAAAGAAAACUAAGUGCGAUAAGACCAAGCCUCAUUGCGUCAAUUGCCAGAAGCGUGGGCUCAUGUGUUCCGGUUCCACGGAUUGGACACAAUUGCAAGUUCAUGACAUGACUGACUCAAUCAUAAAUCGGUGCCAGAAGACUAAGCCGAAGCGCAAAAGCGAUAAAGAAGUUACGAAGGCGCUGUCCCACUGUAACAGGUUAUCAGAGGAAGAGGGUGAGGCAUUCAAAAGGGAACUCGCAGGUAUCAAACUCCAAUACCGCGAAACAACGCAAGUGACGGGUCAGAGUGACAAGACGCCGGAUAAGCCUAACGUCAUAGGAGCUCAGCAGUCAGAGCCAAAGAAUGCUCUGACCAAAUUCCCAGGAGCCUUAAGUGCACAACGAUCCCAGGAUCCUCCAAGCAUCCUUCUGAGGGAAGUUGAUGAAUGUCUCAGAGCCUUCGGCCGAAAGAAGCAUGAGUAUCUACUCAUGCCGUGUAUUGUUGACGCCGUUCUACAGGAUCUGCCCCAAAGACUAUUGGAUGAUCAUUUGAAACCAAGCCCCAGUCCCUUGAAGACUGAUAUGUCCUUUAAGAUCCUUGCACUAGGUGCACAACUUGGUAGCAACCGUGAGCUAAGUGGUCGUUGUUUACAGCACCGCAGCAGAAUCAUGCAACGUCUGGAAUUAUCUCAAAAUAUCCCGGACAAUAUGUCUUCGACUUACGGGAUAUCGUUAUGCGUAUUGAACGCACGAUUUGACCUCGAACGAGGUCAUCCAGAGGGUAUCAUGUCCCUCAAGGAGGCUCACAGUAUUGUUGACCUAUUCAGCGCGACCAACAUCGAGGUACACCAGGAGUUGUGGCACCGUAUUUCUGGGCUUCCUGAUCCUCAAGAUCUGCAGACCGAAGUAGCGCAAGAGCUGAGAAAUGCAAAAACUACAUUCAAUAGGCUUAGUUCAAUGUACCAGACAAUGGAGGGCUCUAUGAUGUAG